AUGCUCAUUAAAUGUCUUUUAUUGUUAAAGCCUAGGAGAUGUCCACCUUGGAAGAGAUGCAUACAAUUACCAUGGUACCCAUAUUACAGAUGUGUUCAAAGAUGGGGAUGGGGAAAUUCAGGAAGUCCAUGGAGAAUGGGAAUAUAUGGUAGUUGGAGUAGCUAUGGUAGUGGCGGAGGCGGUUACGGAGGUGGUAUGGGUGGUUAUGGAAGUGGUGAUAUGGGUGGAUAUGGAGGUUACGGCAGCGGCAUGAGUGGUUACGGAGGCGGCAGUAUGGGUGGUUACGGAAGUGGCGGAAUGGGUAGUUACGGAGGUGACAUGGGUGGUCAUGGAGGCGGCAUGGGUGGAAUUGGAGGUGGCGGUAUGGGUGAUUACGGAGAUGGUGGCUAUGGCUCUGGCGGUUAUGGAUCUGGUGGAUAUGGCGGUGGCGGUUAUGGAUCUGGUGGAUAUGGCGGUGGCGGUUAUGGAUAUGGUGGUUAUGGCGGUGGUGGUGGUGGUGGUGGCGGUUAUGGACCUGGCAGCUAUAGCAGAAAGAAAAGUGUUUAUUAA